AUGAGUAAAAGAAGCAGUCCCACUCAAACAACAGAUGCAGAACCGGCUGCAGAAGUUUAUGUAGUUGAGAGGAUCAUCAGUAGUAGAAUCAAUGACAAGGGUGUGAAGGAGUACUUCCUGAAGUGGGUAGGAUUCUCAGAGGAAGACAACUCAUGGGAGCCAGAAAGACACCUAGAUUGCCCGGGUCUAAUAGAAGCAUUUGAAAAAGAGCAGACCAGAAAAGAAAAAGAGAAUGAACGUAAAAGGAAAUCUAACAGUAUUCAGUCUGAAGUAAAGGGGCCUAAGAGGAAAAAUGAUGAGAAGAAGUCUUUGGGUUUUGACAGGGGUCUGGAGCCUGAGAAGAUAAUUGGAGCAACUGAUAGUCCUGGUCAAUUAAUGUUCCUUAUUAAAUGGACAGGCACUGAUGAGGCAGAUCUUGUCCCUGCCAAACAGGCUAACUUAAAAUGCCCCCAAGUGGUCAUCAAAUUUUAUGAAGAACGACUAAAAUGGCACCCUCCAAACUUGGAAGAGAACAAAACCACAGCUGAAUAA